GUUCAGAGUUUCCCUACCCAUUCUCUCUACUGAGCCUUAUGUAAGAGAAACGGACCAAAGUGCAAUUGUUUUUCCCUUAUAUAGACAGAAAGUACUGGGGUACUAAAUUUAAUCUGGAAGAACCAUAAGGAGCUCUUUGACUUGUACUUUUACGCUACCGAAGAUGAUGCAACAGUGCAGUUCCACGGCCCAGGCUGGCCUUGAAAUUCUCCGAACUGGGCUCCUGCCUUCUGCCGUGAUCCGGAGCGCCUCAACGGGCACGCUGGAGUUGAAGGAGCCGCUAAAUUUCUGGUGCGGAGGCAGAGUGAAGUCUUCAACCAAGGACGCAAAAUCCAGAGAGCCGGUGUAUGAGCCCGCAACCGGCCGUGUGCUGUGUGAGAUGGUGCCCUGUGGAGCUCAGGAGGUCGACCAGGCAGUGCAGAGUGCCCAGGCUGCCUUUCUCAAGUGGAGCAAACUGUCUGGAAUGGAGAGGGGCCGGAUCAUGCUGGAGGCUGCCAGGAUCAUCAGGGAGCGGCGAGAUGAGAUUGCCAAGGUGGAGGUGAUCAACAAUGGCAAGUCCAUCACUGAGGCACGGGUGGACAUCGACAUUGCCUGGCAGUGCAUUGAGUACUACGCUGGCAUCGCGGGCACACUGGCAGGCCAGCACGUACAGCUGCCAGGGGGAGCCUUUGCAUACACGCGUCGGGAGCCCCUGGGGGUGUGCGUGGGGAUCGGCGCCUGGAACUACCCUUUCCAGAUCGCAGCCUGGAAGUCGGCCCCAGCCCUAGCCUGCGGCAAUGCUAUGGUGUUUAAGCCUUCGCCUAUGACGCCCAUAACUGCUGUGGUGCUGGCAGAGAUUUAUGCCCAAGCCGGUGUCCCCGAGGGGCUCUUCAAUGUGGUCCAGGGUGGUGCCGAGACUGGAACUCUGCUCUGCCAUCACCCUGGGGUGGCGAAAGUCUCCUUCACGGGCAGCGUUCCCACUGGCAAGAAAAUCAUGGAGAUGUCUGCCAAGGGCAUCAAGCCAGUGACUCUGGAGCUGGGAGGGAAGUCUCCUCUUAUCAUCUUUGAGGACUGUGACCUAGAGAAUGCAAUAAAGGGGGCGCUCAUGGCCAACUUCCUGUCCCAGGGAGAGGUGUGCUGUAACGGCACCAGGGUGUUUGUGCAGAGUAAGAUCCUUCCCAAGUUUCUGGAGGAGGUGGUGAAGAGAACCAAAGCCAUCCAAGUUGGGGAUCCCCUGCUGGACGACACCAGGAUGGGGGCGCUGAUCAGCCGUCCACACCUGGACAGAGUGCUGGGCUUCGUCAACCAGGCGAAGAAGGAGGGGGCCAGAGUUCUGUGUGGGGGAGAGCCAUUUGUUCCUAAGGACCCCAAAUUGAAGGGAGGGUAUUUCAUGUCCCCCUGUGUGCUGGAUAACUGCAGGGACGACAUGACUUGUGUGAAGGAGGAGAUCUUUGGGCCAGUGAUGUCGGUGCUGCCCUUUGAGACUGAGGAGGAAGUCCUGCAGAGGGCCAACAACACCACCUUCGGCCUGGCCUCCGGAGUCUUCACCAGGGAUGUGACUAGAGCUCACCGUGUGGCUGCAGAGCUGCAGGCUGGGACUUGCUUCAUCAACAACUACAACAUCAGCCCUGUGGAGGUGCCCUUUGGGGGGUACAAGAUGUCAGGCUUUGGCAGAGAGAACGGCCUGGUGACCAUAGAAUACUACUCCCAGCUGAAGACUGUCGUCGUGGAGAUGGGCGAUGUAGAGAGCCUGUUCUAGACCAUUCUAGAUCAUUCCAGUACACUGGCCUAGGAAGAUGAUCCUGCUGCAUCAUGCUCCCUAACCGCCCCACACCUGGUGGAAUUCUGCUCAUUUAGUUUUCAGCCCAGCUCUUGACAGAAGUGGGCAUGGUGUCUGACAUCACCACCAAAUCUAAUACAAGCAGAUGGUCACAUCUGCCACAUCUUUGAAAACAAGUAGUAAUAUUCUGAAUAAUGGUAGCUCAGUAUGUUCGCACAUAUCGACCAGUGACUAAUUUUGGGACAGGUUUUUGUUAUGUGCCACCAUUUUAAUGCAGAGCUUGACAUUCUUUAUUCUCCAAACUUUUGGAAAAUAAUGGUCCACUUAUUAAUACUGAUAUUUGUCCAGGAAAACAUCUUAGUAAAACCCGAUGUUGGAACACCGUUUGAAUUUUUAGUUUCAUAGGUGGUUUCACUGAAACCUUGAAGGAACCAUUUCAAAGACAAACUGUUUCUAUAUCCUUUAAUCCAUAGCUCAGAAUUAGUGUCAAGAAUGAAUCUGGAUUUUCUCUUGAGCUCAAGUGUCAUUGUAACACUGAUCAAAGGAAAUAUAUUUUUCUACAUUUUGUGAAACAAAGCUGUGAAAUAUGCCUUUUGAGGCUCCAUUACCUUCACUACACAACUACAGUACCUGCAAGUAGUGGCACCGGCCAUCUUAGUCUGCAUUGCUGGAAUUGUUCUUUGUCGUUUUAUAAUUCUCUGCAACCAUCACUUUUGCUGUUGGUAGGAUUUUUUCUAUAACAAUAUUUACUUAAAACUGUCUCAAAUUUUGCCAGCAUGCACUGAGCAUGAUUUUUCAUUUUUAAAUCUCUCGGUCCAUAUACAUGUUAUAUUGUAGAUAAUUCUUUGAAGCACUAAAAAUCUUUCAUCAGGAUGGCCUUGGUGCACAGCCUACAGUAUGUGGUUGUUUUUUGUAAUUUCAUUGUAGCAAGUCUGUUAACCUUUCAACUGGUCCUUUUUAUUAAUAAAUACCAAGCUGCAGUUUA